GUUGCAGAAAGUGGUAUAGUUCUAAGUAUAUGGCAUCAAAACAAAUGUUUGUAAAAAAGAAAAAUAAAUAAUUAAAAGACGAAAAAAAUUGAAUUGCUUGCACUUACUGCCUUCAGCAUUUUCUUAGUUACGUUUUUCGUUCAUGCAGCCUUCAAAUAUUUUCAAAUUAAACAGGCACAUCGGAUUUUUAUGAAACUUUCGGAUUCAGGGAGCCAUUACUAAUAUAAUGACUAAAAACAGAACUAUUUUGGACGCGGAAAUAGAAUGUUUCUUUCGCCAAACGUCAAAAGCAAGAAAGGAGUAAAUGCCAAGUGGCAUACGACACCUUUUCCUACAACUGAAAAGGAGCUAAUUGGAAUUUUUACUGGGGUCUCGGUAGAGGUGUGCGAAAACGCGGACAUAAUUGAACUUUAUACAAAUGGAAACUACGGAAAGGGUACGAAAUCUCGGAGCACGCCUCAAAUAAUGCGUAGCGAAAGCGUAGCUCAAAAUCUUGAGCGAAUCGAAGAAACCUUAGCAUUAUGUUUAGAAGAAGCGUUCUUUUUAAGUUAUUAUUUAAAGGUGCUUAGAAUCAAUAAUAUCCAAGGUGAAAGAUUGGAGUGGUUUGAAAUGCUGCAGGAAUGCGAAGCAAUUAAUAGGAAGUUUGUAUAUAACUUGGCAGCUUACAUUUACUUGAAAUCCAAAUGUUGGGUUGUCAAAAGUGGGUUAAAAUUCGGUGCAAAUUUUUUAAUUUAUAGAAAGGGACCUCGCUUUUACCACGCCAGCUUUGCUGUUUUAAUAUCAUGUAACGAAGGAUGCGCUCAUCUUGUGGCCAAAAACAUUAAAGGAUUGCAACGUAUAGCAGAAACUUCAGACAAAGAUAUUUUGCUGUUGGACGUCAAUAAACCUUCAGAUUUCCAGAUGGGCAGUUUAGAGGACAUUUCCCGUUUGGCAAUCAGUGAAUCCGUGAUAAGACGUUUCAAUUACGCGGCGUUUGUGCAAAAUAAAGCACAGAAGCAGUAAAAGAAAACAAGUUUUAUUAGUUACAUUGAUUCUUUCUUAAAUGUCUUAGACUUUUUCUACUCUAUGCUUUUUCGGUAUACCUGUACGCCUAUAUUCCGAGCGUUCUUGUAAAUAAAUCUGUUUACAUUCUUCUUUGAAA